UAUUUAUUUGAUUAACAGAGUGCGACGCGGGGACUGGUCCGCGCCCCUGACCGCCACCUCUGGCCACCACCUCUCCAAGAACCAAGUUCAUGAGAGGAUCAUCUGACACUGGGACAUCAAGUACAACCGCAGUUAACCGCGCAAUUGACCACCCUCCUCUCGCAGUAAGGAUGCUGAACGGCACCACUUUGGAGGCAGCCAUGCUCUUCCACGGGAUCUCCGGAGGCCACAUCCAAGGCAUCAUGGAGGAGAUGGAGCGCAGAUCCAAGACCGAGGCCCGUCUGGCCAAAGGCACUCAGCUCAACGGCCGCGACGCGGGCAUGCCUCCGCUCAGCCCGGAGAAGCCCGCUCUGUGCGCCGGCUGCGGAGGCAAGAUCUCCGACAGGUAUUAUCUCCUGGCGGUCGACAAGCAGUGGCACCUGCGGUGCCUGAAGUGCUGUGAAUGUAAGCUGGCCCUGGAGUCUGAGCUCACCUGCUUUGCCAAGGACGGCAGCAUUUACUGCAAGGAGGAUUACUACAGAAGGUUCUCUGUGCAGAGAUGUGCCCGCUGCCACCUUGGCAUUUCCGCCUCUGAGAUGGUCAUGCGCGCCCGAGACUCUGUCUAUCACCUGAGCUGCUUUACCUGCUCCACCUGCAACAAGACCUUGACCACAGGCGACCAUUUCGGUAUGAAGGACAGCCUGGUGUACUGCCGCGCACACUUCGAGACCCUCUUGCAAGGGGAGUACGCACCUCAACUGAGCUACACGGAGCUGGCGGCCAAGAGCGGAGGCUUGGCUUUGCCUUACUUCAAUGGCACUGGCACCGUGCAGAAGGGGCGGCCCCGGAAGCGGAAGAGCCCAGCUCUGGGAGUGGAUAUCGUGAAUUACAACUCAGGUUGUAAUGAGAAUGAGGCAGACCACUUGGACCGGGACCAGCAGCCUUAUCCACCUUCACAGAAGACUAAACGCAUGCGAACUUCCUUUAAGCACCACCAGCUCCGGACCAUGAAAUCCUACUUUGCCAUCAACCACAACCCAGAUGCCAAGGACCUCAAGCAGCUUGCUCAAAAAACGGGCCUGACCAAAAGAGUUUUGCAGGGAGAACAAAUCUUGGGGCAUUACAGCCAAACAUCCCGACGUUUGAAAAUUCCCUAAAGUAUUAAAAGAAGGGGAAAAGUUUGAUCGGAAAUCCACUGCAGUGAAGACAAAGACACUAUUAGGUUAUGAUAAUCAUACAUUUAAAAGUUUAUUGAACCAAAAGAGAGAGAGAGAGAGAGAGAGAGAGAGAGAGAGAGAGAGAAGAGAGAGAGAUUGAGAGAGAGUGACUUAAGUGUCAUUUACUGAAUGUUAACAAAACUUCUGUUCUUUAUGAUGUCUAACACGAAUCAAGGCUUAACCUCAUGUGGUUUAAUAAAAGAGCAAGAUAAACCACGUAGAAAACCAACCAGAGCAACCUGGCAGUAAUACGCCCGCCCCACAUUUGGAGAAAAUUAUUAUUGAAACAAUUCCACACAUCUGUCAAGCACAAUAUAACUGUAAAAUAAAGUCCAAAAACAUCCAUCUCAUCUGCUUGCUAAGAUGUACCAGUCCUAUCUCUUAAUGUUAUUUUCCAAUUGUAAAUUCAAAGAGUAACUUUUACUCAUUCACGAGAGCAUAGGGAUCAAACCCAGUGAUUUUAGUAUUAUUGUCUGUCCUUCCUUUCUAAACAGAAGGCUCUGCAUGCACUUUUGCAUCUAUCACCUCUAGUGUACAUCUCUGUAAUGCUGACUUUGCUGUUUCCUGUAUGAUAAAUAGCUUUCAUUAAUAAACAUUUUAUUUGAUGCAAACAUAGUUAACUUUAUGUUAAGCACACAUUGUUGAAAUUAAUUUUGAACACUGUCUUAAAGAGUCAGGACAGUACACUUGCAGCCUGUUAUGCCCAAGGGGGAAAAUAUAGACUGGAGAAUUAGGUAAAAUUAUUUUCUUUGAUUUUAACUUUUAUGGCUUGUUUUCAUUUAUUGUAUUUAGUUAACACAUGGAUGAAAAUAAAAUAGCAAGCCCAAAUUAAACAUCAGAAUAAAUUAUUAUGUAAAAUUUCAGCAAUUUUUUUUUAGAUUAUAGGGUGACAUUUAUCGAUUCUCUGUGAGUUUACAUGUUCACUAUGCAAUGAGCAAAUUUAUUGAAGUACAUGAAUAUAUUCUGAACUCUGACAUUUUGUUCUUUGUGUAGUUCAGAUUGCACAAGUUAUCAGAAACAAAGGAUCAAUGGGAAAGAAGAACAAAUAUUUAGGAAUGUGCUUUCUUUUCAUCGUUAAAGGGAAUACUUGAAGAAAGAAUUUCGUAAAGCUACUCUUACUUAGCUCUAUAUCCAAAGCACAUGUUAAACAAAUUAGCAUAUAGAAUACUUUCCAGAAAAAAAUUUCCUUAUGAGAUUUUUUAUUAUGUACAAAUAAACCCUAUGUAAAAGAUGUAAGUUUUACAAAUGAUAGACAUACAAAAAAAUCUCACUUACAUUUAUUCUCAGAACUUUGGAUGUUUUCUCAAACACUUUCAUUUCCUGAAUGGUAAACCAGGAAAAACAAUGAUUAAAGGACAGGUAUCAACUUAACUAACAGUGCACCCAGAAUGCACCGCGACAAGUGAACUGCUUUGAGUGAUCAUGGAACGUGUUGGUUUUGUCAGUUGCUUGGAUGUUUAUGCCUCAUCAAAAUCUCAUUCAUAGUGCUGCUGGCAAUCUGAAUGGAUUUUCCAACACAUUUUCAGCCAGUGUCCUGAAAUCUUGGUCCUGCAGGCUCUGCCUUCUUUCCUUGUUCUGUCACCUAGGGCAGUUUCAUUUUGAAAUAUUUUGGAAGUUCGCCUGGUUUUGCAGACUUUUAACUAUUUGUCUGGUAUGUGAAAUGCGGGAAGAGACCAAAGAGAGAAAGAACGUAGCUGAAAUUAGACAUCUGAAAAAAAUAAUACAAAUUUGAAACAGGCAUUUUUUUUUUUUUUUAGAAGAGGAAAAGAACACUAAUUAUGUGAGUGGGAAGUGAAAAAAAUCACGUGAUGCAGGCUUGGAAGGUCUAACACACUUUCCUAUGAUGUAUGGCAGUCUUCUGUCUGGGCAACUGCACAUUUAUUGUUGGGCGUAGAUUAGAAGACUGAGGACAUUUUUAGACGGGUGCAGGGCACCAAAUUUUAUAGCUUCUACCUCCCCAAAUACCUAGAUGAAUCUAAUUUCUGGCAAAUUGAUCCUAGGAACACGAACUCUUACCGACAAUAUCUGUGAACUUUGGUUGAAUACCAUUGUAAUAUUGACUUACAUAGUAGAUAGGCUUUUGAUACUUCAAAUAGAGUAAAAUUUCAUAACACAGAAACCAAAGCACACAGCUCUUAAAGCUUGGUGAUUUUCAUUACCUAAAAUGCCAAUAGCUUUACUUAGUAGAAUCCCAGUUGAAUUUACUGUAUGGUUUUCAGAGUGAAAGCCUCUUUUAUUAGCCACAUAUAAGACAGCAUCAUCUUCUAUUGCAGUAUGCCUGCAGAGAACACUGUGGUUUGAGGCAUCAGAAAUGGGAAGUGCUGGGACAAAAACAUGGCAUUCUAUCAUUUUAGGCUUAUAAGGAAAUUCAAGAGAUAAUGCUGUUGUUAUAAAAAUAUGAAGUUUUGAAUAGAGUUUUGUUAUUUCAUUUUUCACUGUGUUCCUUUCACAGUAGCUUCACUAAUAGGAAGAUUAUGAACUGUGAAGGAGAUUCAACACCUUUUAUACUUUAUGGUCACUAGCCGUCAGGGGACAAUAAGAACACUGGGGCUUAGUCUAGACUAAAUAAAUAAUGUUGCAUCUUUGAAACUUUCAUAUCGAGAAGGCCUGUAUUGGCCUGUGGGUGAAUCUAUUUUCUAUUUCUAGUAAUGAGAAGUCAAUUCUGAAGACUGAAAUAAAAAAUCCUAACAAAACAAUAAACCUCUGGUGUAAAACUCUUUGCUUUACAAUGUCAAAAAAUUGGAACUUAGUCUCUUUAGAUUUUGCUACUGAUUUGUGUCUCUUUUGGUCAUACCUAUUUUGUCUUUGUAAUAUUUUUCAAAUUAAUAUGGUUUCCCUUGUUUUCAAAAUAAAAUCCCAAAUUAAACUAUUUUUUUUACUGCCUUCUGGGAACAUUCCCAUUGUGUUUUCCUGGAUUUCACAGCAAAAAGAAAAAGUUUAGAGCUGUCCAUGAUGUUCAAGGAAGUCCCUGAAUAGGAUGUAAGCAGUAAUAUGAUUGCCAGGAUUCAUUUCCUUGUUAACUAUGUUUCAAAAUAAGUGUUUCUAUGAGACACUAUCCCCUGCUUGCUACAUUUCUCUGUGAACCGUAAUAAAAAAAAAGUAACCACUCCAAACAUGUAUCCCAUUGGCAAGUUUCUCUUCUCUUGGAUUGUUGAUUUUUGCUUCUCUGCAUCACAUUUUAUUUUGUGCUGAAAUGACAAAAACAGGCAAGGAUAAAGAUCCAGGCAUCAGUUGUGGCAAGAAAGUUCUGGUGUCUGUUUCUGUGUCCCCUCAGGUCACUUGUUAGAAGUGUCAGGAAUGUUUCUUUCCUUUGGACUUUUUCUGUUUACACCGUGCAUGAUCUCAUAAAUUACUCUGAAGAGUACCUGGAUACCUUUUAUGGUUAUUUGAAAAUAAAAUUUGCUACAAAUAAGA